GAAAAGGAGGAAGAGGAAGAAGAAAGAGUACGACGCCAGAAACUGAUAAAUUCAGUGUAAUAAAACGAACUGAGAAAAAGGAUAGAGUUAGUAUGUUGAAGAUAUUUCGGAAUAGUUUGAGAAAUUCAGUGAAAGAAGCUGAUAUAAAAGAAGAGGAAGAAGAAGGAGAAGGAGUAGAAGAGGUGAAGAAAGUAGAUGAACAAGGAGAGGAAAUUAUGGAGAAAGAGGGACCUAACUGUGUACAAGGCCAAGAUAACAUAAAGACAAUGGACGGUGUAGAAUUCCGGCAACGGGGCAAGGAGAUGGUUGACUACAUAGUCGACUACCUGGACAACGUUGGGUCGAAACGCGUCUCCCCCGACGUCAAACCCGGGUACCUGAGACCCCUGCUGCCUUCCCAGGCACCCCAAAACCCCGAACCCUGGGACGACAUAAUGCGGGACGUUGAGAGCAAGAUUAUGCCUGGCGUGCUACACUGGAACCAUCCCCACUUCUUUGCCUACUUUGCCAGUGGCAAUUCGUACCCCACCAUAUUGGCAGACAUGUUGUCCGAUGCCCUUGCAAUGAUGGGCUUCUCAUGGGCUGCCGGCCCUGUCUGCACCGAAUUGGAAAUCAUUAUGCUCGACUGGUAUGCAAAAGCAAUCGGUCUUCCAGAAGAAUUCAUAUCAACAACUGCAGGGAGUAAAGGCGGGGGAGUUAUACAGGGUUCAGCCUCAGAAUGCAUACUAGUUACAAUGCUGGCUGCCAGACAUCAUGCCUUGGAAUAUCUGCGACAACAGGAGAAGGAAAACAUCAAAAGAAGAAGAAGAAGACGCAGAAGAACAGACAACGGAGACCUACUAGUGGAGGAAGAGGAAGAAGAAGAAGAGGAAGAAGAAGAAGAAGAGGAAGAAGAAGAGGAUGAAACAGGAGAACAGAGCAGACUCCUUCACAAGCUGGUAGUCUACUGUAGCCGAGAGGCGCACAGCUGUGUUGAAAAAGCUGCCAAAAUCUGUUUGGUCAAAAUGAGAGUUCUGGAGCCGGAUGAAAGAGGAUCGCUACGGGGAGAAACAUUAAAACAGGCAAUGGACGAAGACAGGGCACGUGGUUUAACACCUUUCUAUGUGUCCUGUAUCAUUGGAUCAACUGCAUCCUGCACAUUUGACAACCUUGAGGAGAUAGGAGCUGUCUGUCGGAAUCAGGAAAUUGACUCGAGUCAGACUCAAGUCAAGUUCCACAGUCAGAACCAGACUGGAAUCAAGUGCCAGAGUCAAAAUACAGCCAAGUCUAAAAGCAGCCAAGAUUGCCAGAGUGACACUCCAGAGAUCAGAGUCAACUGCAAAAGUUGCCAAAAUCAGAUGAAUGGCAUCUCGAGUCAGAAUCUAAUCAAUUAUUGUAGCCAAGAAAUUGGAGACAAGUGUCCAAGCAAGCAAAAUGGGAUGCUUAGUGGAGUCAAUGAAGUCAGUUGUCAGAGUGAAGAAAGAGGGAAGAAUCAACAAGAAAUGAAGAGUCAGGUGAAUGGAAUUUCAAGUGAGAGUGAAAACAUGGGAGGCAACUGCCCAAAUUGUCCAAAUCAAGAAACCAGAGUUCUAGUGAAUGGAAUCGCAAGUGAGGAACAAGACAUCAGCAACUGCCCAAAUUGUCAGAGUCAAGUAACCAGAGGUCAAGUGAAUGGAAUCUCAAGUCAGGAUCAAGAUAUGAGUGACAACUGUCCAUGUUGUCAGAAUGAAGAAACCAAACUCAACUACCCAAAUCAUCACACCGGAAUAAUCAGUCCAAAUCAACCCCAAAUCAACAAUCAAUCCAAAUCAACAACCAGUCCAAAUCAGUCCCAUAUCAAGGCCAAAUAUCAAGAAAGCGCAAACAACUGCAAAAGUUGUCUAGUAAAUGGAAUCUCAAGUCAAAAUCAAUCAAGCAGAUACAAUGAUUGCCAAAGUCAGAACCAAUUCAAAUAUCCAAGACAGAAUCAAUCAGGUGGAUCAAAUUGCCAGAAUCAUUUGUCUGGAGGAAUCGCAAGUCAGACUCAUCAACAGAGGAGUCCAAAUCGAUCAGGUGGAUCAAAUUGCUCAAAUCAUUAUACUGGAGGAAUUGCAAGUCAGACUCAAGUACAUAAAACUGGUCCUCCGGUCUGGAUGCAUGUGGACUGUGCCUAUGCUGGAAGUGCCUUCCUGUGCCCUGAGCUGAGACCCCUGAUGGCAGGCAUUGAAUAUGCUGACUCAGUCAAUACCAACCCCAACAAGUGGAUGCUCACAUGUUUUGACUGUUCCUGUCUGUGGGUCAAGGAUAAGCUGCGCCUAACCCGCGGCAUGGACGUGAACCCCAUCUACCUGCAGCAUGACUAUGACGAUCAGCUGAUCGACUUCCGGCACUGGCAGAUUCCGCUGAGUCGGCGCUUCCGCUCACUCAAACUGUUCUUCCUGUUUCGCAGCUACGGCAUUCAGGGCCUACAGAACUACAUUCGCAACCACAUACAACUGGCCAAGUACUUCGAGAGCCUUGUGUUGAAGGAUGCCCGCUUCGAGAUUUGCAAUGAAGUCAAGUUGGGAUUAGUCUGCUUUCGACUGAAGGGCCCUGACCUAUGGACUCAGGAGCUAUUGGCCAAAAUAAACGCCUCGGGUCGUAUUCACAUGAUUCCCGGCGUGCGACGAAAACGCUACUUCAUCCGAUUUGCAGUCACAUACGAACAUGCCAAGGAAGAGCACAUACGCUACGCAUGGAAAGUGACAUCUCACUACGCUGACACCGUUUUAGAGAAGAUGACAACCCCGGUUGCGGCCACACAAGGCGUUCACACAACGCCACGGCCCCGCCUCUCCUCACGCCAGCACUCGUUCACACGAGGCGUUUCGCGUGACGUCUACAAGGCGCGGUCUACUAGCCUCUAUGACGGCGUCAGUCCGAUUCCAGUGGUGGACGACGACAAUGAUGAUGACUUGAAUAACAAUGUAUUUGAGGAGGCGUUUGCUGCAAAAAGUGUUUAGAAAAGGGGGACAAAAGUGUCUGAAACGAGGGAAAAAGUGUCAAAAAUGGGGGAAACAGUUGUAUGAAAUGAGGGGGAAAAGUGUCUAGAAUGAAGGGAAAAAAUGUCUAGAAUGAGGGGAAAAAAGUGUCAAAAAUCGGGGGAAAAGUAUCUGAAAUGAGGGGGAAAAGUGUCUGAAAUGAGGGAAAAAGUGUAUGAAAUGAGGGGAAAAAAGUGUCUGAAAUAAGGGGAAAAGUAUGUAAAAUGAGGAAAGAAAAGUGUCUAAAAUAAAGGGGAGAAACGUAUCUAAAAUAUGGAGAGAAAAUGUCUAAAAUUAGGGGAAAAAGAGGGAAUGUUCCUAUAAAAUCUGCUGAGCAGACUCCUAUGUUAUUUAUUUUGAUUACUAUUUAUGCUUUGAAAGCAGCUUCAUUUCAUUUUGUAUUUAGUCUUAAAAAUUAGCUUAGCCUCGUUUUGUAUUAUUUCAGCUUAAUUUUGUUACAUUUAUGUUAUACUAAUCAUUGUAUAAUUUAUAUAAUCCACUUUCGCAUAUUAUAUAGGCUAAUUUUGUUCCAGUUUUUAUUGACAAUCUUUAUUGGAUUACAUUGAAUGUUCUUAUUUUUUGCUGAGGGUGAUGAGCACCACAUGAGCACAAGGCUUGUGCGUGGGUAAUUGAGGUAGUUAAUGUGGAUCUAAAAAUUAAAUGAGAGAUUGAAUGAUUAAAUGGGAGAUUAGUUUAAAUCAUGAUCAUAAUUAAAGUAAGAUUAGGAUGAUUAUAUAUCAAGUAGUUGAUGAGAAUCUAGAAAUUUAAUGAGAGAUUGUAUGAUUGAAUGAGAGAUUAG